AUGAUUUCCCUCUCCGGCGAAAGAGCGUCCGCGGAUAUAGCAGCAUUCGAGAAUUUCCGUGAACUGUUUUCAGAUCUCGUUGCGACACUAGAUCUGUCUCCCUCGCAAAUAUAUAAUGCCGACGAAUCCGCUUUGUUUUUGAAGCUUCUACCAAAUCGCACAAUCGCUCUGCAAGAUGAAGAUAUUGCUGCCGGUCGGAAAGUAAUUAAAAAUCGUUGUACUUUCAUGCCAUGUGCAAACAGCGAUGGAACGCAUAAGCUACCACUGAUGUUCCUGGGAACAGCGGAAAAUCCCAGAUGCCUGCCACGUGAUAAAUCUCAAUUGCCUGUGUAUUACAAACACAGUAAGAAAGCCUGGACUAAUAGAUCGCUUUUUAACGAGUGGUUUCACACGCAGUUUGUUCCGUUGGUUCAAGCGUUUUCGAUCCAACAAGGUAUUGAACCAAAAGCAUUACUCCUAUUGGAUAACUGUACGGCUCAUCACGAGGGAUCAAAAGCGUUGGAAUCAGAAGACGGGUUGAUCAGUGUCGUGUUUCUUCCUCCAAAUUGUACCUCUGAGGGACAACCUAUGGAUCAAGGAGUAAUCAAUGCGAUCAAAAAAAGGUAUAAGAAAAAGCUUUUGUUGAAUGUGGUCUUGGCAGCCGAUGAAUUCUCGGUAGAUGACCGUUUGAAAAAGAUAUCACUGGCGGAAUCGAUUGAGUGGGUGGCAGAGGCUUGGGAUGAAGUUUCUGCAUGUACAAUUUCUAAUUCUUGGAAGAAAUUGAAUAAGAACGAUCGUAAGGAGGAACCACCACCGAAUGAUCUGAACGAUUCGAUCCCUCUCAACACUCUUGUGAAAUCAAUUGGGAAGUUGAGUAAUUCAGUGUAUACGGAGGAGGAAAUCAGAUGCUGGGAAGACGAUUGGGUAAGAGAUGCAUCCGGUAAUUUGGUUACAGGUGAUAACUGUAUUUAUACGGAUCUCGAAAUAAUCGAGUAUGUUAACGGAACAGAAAAUAAGGAAAAUGAGAAUAAUGACGAAACUAUGGAAGAAGAGUGGUUGGAAGAACCCGAGCCAGUCACUGAUUUCCAGCGUGCAAUUGGGUCAGUUGAUUUUCUUAUCCAAUAUUUGGAUAAGGAGAAUAUGUUAUCGGAAGUUGCUAAGCUUCGUUUUACGAAGAAUAAGUUAAUGGAACAUGAGUAUAACAAACGAUAUUGA